AUGUCAGACGGAAGUAAUAUUGUUUCAGAAUUUGAGCAAAUCGAAAAUGCUUCUCAAGAGCAAUUGACAGCGAUCGAAGAGAUAACUCGUGAGUUAGAGUUGAACGCUGAAAAAUCAAUGGAAAUUAGGAACCAUUUUAUGAUGGAAUUGAAUAAAGGUCUGGAGAAUUAUGGACAAAAUUUGGCAAUGGUACCUAGUUUUGUCACCAGAAGACCGACCGGCCAAGAAACUGGUACAUUUCUUGCCUUAGACCUCGGUGGUACAAAUCUUCGAGUUUGUCAAGUAGAUCUCAAAGGAAAUGGUGAAAUAACUAUUAAACAACAAAAGUAUUUGAUUUCUGAAAGUCUAAAAGUCUGCGAAGCUCGUAUCUUGUUUGAUUCCAUAGCCGAUAGCGUUCUCAAAUUUCUGGCUGAAAUUGGUUAUAAGCAUGAACAAGGAAAUGAGAAGCUGAAGUUGGGAUUCACUUUUUCAUUUCCCGUGCAACAAACUGCAAUAGAUAAAGGUACCCUGUUAAUGUGGACCAAAGGAUUCGUGUGCCCAGAUGCAGUGGGAAAAGAUGUAGUUUCUAUGUUACAAGAGUCGUUAGAUCGCUUGUCGGUGCCAGUUAAAGUUGCGGCUUUGGUGAAUGAUACUGUGGGUACAUUGUUAUCUCACUCUUACAAAUAUCCUAAUACUCUCUUGGGCGUCAUCUUAGGAACUGGUACAAAUUGUGCAUAUUUUGAACACUUAAGUAACAUAAAAAAACUAAAAUCAAAAGCUGAUGCUUCGGAAGUAAUGAUAAUUAAUAUAGAAUGGGGAGCAUUUAAUGCAUUCAAUGAACAGAAAAGUGUCCUUCCUAUCACAAAAUAUGAUAAGAAAUUAGAUCUUGAGUCAAAUAAUCCCAACUCUUAUAUAUUUGAAAAGAUGAUUUCCGGGAUGUACUUAGGCGAAAUAGCUCGUAAUGUCCUAUUGCACCUUGUUGACUGUGCAUUACUUUUCGGUAGCCGUUCCUCAGAAAGUCUUAACAAACAUUACGCAUUUGAGACCGAAUAUAUGUCCAACAUUGAGUCUGAUAUCACCCCCACAUUAGAAAACACCAAAAAAAUUUUGGAAGAAAAAUUGAGCAUCCCAGAAACCACUAUAACCGAUCGACAAAUUGUAAAGAGAGUUUGCCAACUGGUUGGUCUAAGGGCUGCUAAGCUAUCUGCAAUAGCAUUGGCGGGAGUUAUUAAGCAUUGUGAAGUGACCGAAAAUGGAUGCGUGAUCGGAAUUGAUGGAUCAUUGUUCGAAUUCUACCCGAACUUUAAGGAAAAUAUCAAGAGCUCACUUUACCAAAUGUUCGGGUCUGACGCGGAUAAGUUUGAAAUUCAGUUGGCAAAGGAUGGAUCAGGGGUUGGUGCUG